AUGAGGCAAAUCCACAGCAUUCAACAAGGACCUUGGCUAGGUAUGGGAGACUAUAAUGCUGUAGUACAUCCACAAGAUAGACUAUGUGGUACAGAGGUUCAAGAUAUGGAAACAAAAGAUUUUAAGGAGUAUAUGAGGGAUACAGGGAUGAAUGAGUUGCAGUAUGUGGGGAGGAACUACACCUGGACUAAUAAUCAUACCUAUAGCAGAAUUGAUAGGGGACUUGUAAAUGUAACUUGGAUGAUGACAAUGCCAAAUGUGAAAGUUCAGGUGCUAGAACCAAUGGUAUCUGAUCACUCACCACUGAAGUUAGUAAUCUGUCAGGCACAAGGAAAGAAGAACAAGCCAUUCAAGUUCUUUAACUGUAUUGCUGACCACCCUCAAUUCAUGCAACACAUUGAAGAAGCUUGGAAGGACAGAAGCACAAAUGGUAGAAUGCAGACAGUAUGGAACAAUCUUAAAGGGGUAAAGGAGGCCAUCAAGAAUCUAAACACUCAGCAUUACAAAGGGGUUGAUGGAAAGAUAAAAGAGAUAAGGAGGGAGUUGCAGGGAAUACAAGAGGAAAUGAGCUCAAAACUGCAGAAUAAGGAAUUGAUUGACAAAGAAAAAGAGCUGAAGGGUGAGUUAGAAAAAUGGGGAAAGAUAGAAGAAAGCAUAUACAAGCAAAAGUCAAGAGUGCAAUGGUUGAAGUUGGGAGAUUCUAAUUCAGCCUACUUCUUUGCACAAAUGAAGAAUAGGAGUUACUUGAAUGGAAUUCAAAGCUUAACAAAUGAGGUGGGAGCUCAGCUUAUAAUGGAGGAUGAUAUAGAUCAAGAGCUGAAAGCAUACUAG